GCAAUCAGGACGACGACCAUAUCGAUGACCAAUGGGACGCCGUCGUGGCUGCAGCUGCCAGCCUCGGCGGCUAUUUCGAUACGACACGUCUGACAGACGACUCGAAGUGAACUUGCUGUCUUUCUCAACACUACUGAGAGGUCCACGAAGCAGACCACAUCACAUUAGAACAUGGCGGACGAAAGUGUGUCAGAGGAGCCUGGAAACGGAUCUCCUGCGCAAACGAGCUCGACGACUUCUGAAUCUUACUAUACAGAAGUUCGCGAGGAAGGAGAGAUACCGAUUCGAUUCUUUGAUACUACGAAUGGACAGCUACCCUCGUUCUUCUACGCGCCGCAGGAUGAUCUGGACCUGGAUUGGAGACUUGAACCAUUUGAUUAUUUGUUCAGAACUGAACCGGAACAAUUUAAAUCUGUCCUCCACGACCUCCACGACCUCCACCACCCCCAGGACUUCAACCAUGCCCCGGCACUAUUCGUCAGGGACAACGUUGCAGGUGUCAAUCUCCUGUACAGCGGAAGUCCUCACAUUACCGCUACAAUGAUACGUAUCAAAGCUGGGAGUUCAAUUAUCAUUAUCUAG